AUGCCACGUCUUGUCCUUCGAGAGACCGACAACGGGUGUUUCUUGACCCAAGGCGGGAAGAGGGCAGGAAGCCAGGCCUCUCAGGAUCCCACUGUAGUUGCUGUCACGACUGCCAGGCAAAAACGGGACACGGGUGACAGUGUGCUUUCUGUUCCAGUGCCGGGCGACGGGUCGGCUCCAGGAAAUCUUAAAAAACGUCCGCCACAUCCUGUACCUAGAACCGUGGACGAAUCCCAGCAACAGAAUCAGCAAGAAGGUAGUAUGGAGUUGAGGCUCAUGCCUCCCGGAUCAAGGGGAUUUGAGAUGAUAUCAAGUAAGCGCGCAAAAACUACCGAAGUCCAAACGAAACAAUCAACGGGGGAGAGCAGAGUCGAGUGUGCGUCCGAUGUCAGCGACGUUCCAAUUCCGCUGGCUUCUCGCAGCUACCCAGAGAUGGUCCUCGCCGAUUCUCUUCCACUAUCUGAUGAGCCAGGAGACAGUCCUGUGCCCGACAAUAAGCGAAAGGGACUCAGAGGACGGCCCUCGCAGCAACAGAAAAACUCCACGCUAGUUGGAACGGGGAGUAUUGCAGCCAGUAGUGAAGCAAAGGUUUCCGGCGGUGACAGACCCGCAGAAAGCACCUUUUUUUGUGCACCGGAGGACGAGAAAACAGGCAGUCAUGCUGCUUUCCAAGGAUCUAACCCCCCGCUCGUGUCCGUGUCCAACGGCCGGAUAGAGUCGAUAAGCCCGUCUUCGUUUCCUGGCUCCCUACACCCCCACACGGGCGAUGGAAAUUGCAUAGCUCGAAACAACGCCCAACAUGCGCACACUGACUGCGACUACGAAGCCGCAACAAAUGACGUGUGCAACGACAAAGAGCAAGUAUGUGCAUGCGUCAACGCCACAGAUAUGCCUGGCAUUUUAAAAGCAACUUCCGACCCUCCAGUAGUUGUUAGCGAGACACGGAGGCCUGCGUGUGGCUUCCCCCAGAGAAAGGGCGUCCCGAAGAGUGGGCCGACUGUGCCGAAAAGAAGUUCUGCUGGAGAAACAGGCGAUGGUACACUGAUAAGCGAGCGAAUCGAGCCUGUCGCGGGGGAUAGUUGUGCCGGGCAUGGUAUUUUGCCGGCCGGGGGAAGGAAUACCUGCGGGAAGAACUCCAGAAAGGGUUUACGGGUCAAUCCAAAGAAAUCGAACACUACUGGUACCACUGGCGCCAACGAUGUGGUAAACUUGGUGCGGGCACACAGAGACGUGAGAAUCGCGAUUGAAGCUGACCCAGAGUCCUCCUCUGAAGAUCCUCAUUUAGAGCAGUGUCUCCCUCCCAUAGGGCGGCGAGCCGCUAGGGCAGCACAUGCGACAAGACCUCCGGCUAUUGCUGUUUCCCAUGAUACAGGCGGCCGCGCUAUGGAGCGCUCUGUUUCGAAGCGUUUCGGUGAGAAGACAGACUCUGGAGAUACGAACACCCAAAAGGAAACGAUAGUGCGUCUGUGUGACCGCGACGAACAAAUCUGGAACGAGUGGGAGGGCGUGCGACUUCUCGGUGAGGGCGUCUACGGCCGAGUAUAUCUGGUUCGCAAUAAAGAAACAGGAGAGGAACGGGCAUUCAAACGAAUGUAUCUCCAGUCCUCUCGGCAUGCCACCGACGAUGACUCUGUUGCGGGAGGAGGUGUUCCAGCUGUAGUCCAACGAGAAGUCGCAAGUCUGAAGGCGCUCCGUGGAGCACAGAAUGUCAUUCGACUCGACCGCGUUUUUGUAGGUUGUCGUAGAGUAUAUUUGUCCUUUCCUGUCAUUCAUGGUGGAAGUCUCACGGAAUUGAUGCGCAGCUACGCCGGCUGGCAGGAACACCUUCUGUAUAAUCACCAGUCUCAACAGCACGAUCACCCAUCUUUGGUGUACCCACACAAACUUUUUCUUCAAGAACACGACGAGGAAGACGCGGCGAGAGAGGAGAGUGAGAACCGUUCUUCCUCUUUACAGAAACGGGAGAAGAAGGACGAGGACCUCGCGUUUCGCACCGAAACCAGAAUGUCAGAGUCCUCGUCCGUGUCGCCGGGUAUGCUAAUACGGGGAGAUCCGAAAAAUCACGUAGCUUUUCCUGUUCCUUUCUCGUACCCUGAUAUGCCACCCUGCGGUCUUCCCCUUGCGCUCUGCAAGACGAUCAUUCAGGCCAUUCUCCGAGGAGUUGCUGCCUGCCACGAACACCGGAUAGCUCACAGGGACUUGAAACCGGAUAAUAUUCUGGUGGAGUGGAUGCAGCAGCAUCCUCCAGCUCCACCUCCACCUCCUCCCUCUCCUGUAUCUUCCGCUAUAUACUAUCCUGAGAGGUUUCCAUGCGCAGCAAAAGACGAAGAAGUCGGAGAGGACGGACAUGUAGCCCGCCGGGAACCGGAUGCACAUCUGACAAGCCGAUCGAGGGCUGCCGAGUUUGCCGCAACAGCAGCUGAGCUGUUGAAAACCAAACCCUUAAAGAGGGAUGCGGAGCAGGGGGCGGAGAUGAAGGAGGAGAGAGAGGGGCCACGAAGUGCGGGGUCGGUGGAUAAAUCUGUAGAAAACAUUGAAUCCGGAUGCUCGUCUAUUCCAGCUCGUCUGCAGAAGGGAGCAGUGGAAAAUAAGGGAGGUGCUCACUGCGUGAAAUCUUCCACCGGAAGAGGAAACUAUGAAUUCCCAAAAGGCGAAGACGGCUGCGUCGUCUUAGAAGCGAAGGAUGGCCUUACAGACACAUCUACAGGACCAAGUCAAAAAGAAGAGGCGGGAAGUCGGGCAUCUUCUGAGAAGACCGUUGAGGAUGACGGGAGCAAAGAUGCAAGUCAAGAUACCCCGCCCCCCUAUCCUCCUCUGCCCACGAAGGUCGUUAUAGCGGAUUUCGGCUUGGCACGAACGCUGCCUUUUUACAUUUCUUCUUCAGUUAUGCCAAAACAGCAAUUAUCUGCCACUUCGUCUACGGCUCCUGCCGUCGUGAGAACCCCGGCUGCGCAUAAGAACCAGAGGGGCUGCUUCAGACAAUCGAAGGACACGUGCCAGAAGAAAAGCGUUCCUCAAAAAAAAGGAAAGCUACCGCCCAAGCCAAGUAAAAGCGGUUCGGCUCCUUCUCAACCUGAUGGUGAUAAUUCCUCCGGAUUGGCUCCUGGAGCGCUUCAUCGGGAGAAGAAACUGGGGAGAAGCUGUAGUGGGUGGGAAGGCGAAGACGGAUCUACCACGGAGAGAAAAAGCAGGAAGCAAAGCACCAAAAAACCCGAGAGCCCGGAAUCUGAUAUCCAGUCAGGCAGCGAUGAAAAGAUAGCCGCUCGAACCAGUUUCUCUUUGUCCCCAGAAAUCAUCACACUUAACUACAGGCCACUUGAUGUCCUUCUAGGAAGCAGCUCUUAUUCUCUCUGUGUAGACGUCUGGAGCGCGGGGUGCAUUCUCAUGGAACUUCUCACGGGAACCGAGUUGAUUGACGGGUGCUCUGAGUUCCAGUGUAUCAUGGCAAUCAUGCGUCUUUUCGGUAAUCCUUGGCGGCGGGAAAGAAGGGGGAAGGAGGGACGAAGUAAAGAAGAGGAGGUAACUCUGGCGCAGGGCAGUUCUAAGGAAAAGGACGAGCUAGAGUGUGCCGGGAAAAGGGAGGGAGACAAGGAAGAAAACGGAGGGAAGAAUUUCGAAGAAGCACCAGCCAUUGACCACCAGAACCCAGAAGGCGGAAGCAAAACGAGUUUUCCUAAGAACUCGCGACAGACAACCCUGACACGAAGUAGCGAGUGGAAAUUCUGGUCAGAAGCUCUUCCUGCUUUUGAAGGAGAAGAACGACCCCUAGAGAGGAUUCUCCUGGAGAAUGGCCGCGUUGACGCCUUGGCAGAUCCCCAUCUCUUGGACCUGGCUUCCAAGUUGCUUGAGGUGAUGCCGGACAAGCGAAUAACGGCAAAGGAAGCCCUCAGACACCCGUUCUUUGACGACAUAUGCAUUGGCGAUGAAUUGUGAUCUCUCUCGAGUCGUCACGCUGGGCAAAAUUAUGGGGAAGCUUGCACUGGAAGAGAAUGCGUCACAAGCGCGCGAUCGAUGAAUCAACCUGGAAACAACGGCUCACGAGCGAAACAUUUCAAGAAGCGUUUGCGUGUCAAAAUCUCCAGAAAUCGUCUCAAAAUACAGUUCACGCCUACUCUCGCCACGGAAUCACACAUGUUUUGCUUGUCUUAUUUCUUAUCUCCGAGGCUCUUCAGUUGGAAUUUCCGGCAAC